GAUUGAUCAGCACUUAUUGUUCGGUUGUUGCUUGUGAGCUUCUGCUGACUGUUCCAACCACCUCUAAACGCUCCCCAAAAAGGGACUCCGGAUCUAUCCUUGUUGUAAAAGGACAGCAGUUAAGGAUUAUUCCAACAUUCCUCUUCCCAUCUUGCAAACAUGGAUGUUUUGGCUAGUUAUAGCAUAUUCCAGGAGCUGCAGAUUGUGCACGACACGGGCUACUUCUCAGCAAUGCCAUCUUUGGAGGAGAAUUGGCAGCAGACCUGUCUGGAGCUGGAACGGUAUUUACAGACCGAACCAAAGAAGAUGUCAGAGGCUUUUGGAGAGGAUUUUGACUGCUUCUUAAAUAGCUCAAUUCCUCAAGGUACAGAUGGUUGUGCCCAUAAACUAGAUCCAAUUGUAAUUCCUGUGGAUAUCAGCACGUAUGAGAAACGCCCUAGUAUGGAUAUUUUAUUAUCACAAGACAAACUUCUGUCAGAGACCUGUGUCAGCCUACAGCCUGCAAGCUCCUCUACAGAGUGUUACACAUCAGUAAACCAGGCACAGCUUAAUGCAGUUACAUCACUAACGCCACCAUCUUCUCCAGAACUCAGCCGACACCUUGUCAAAACCCCACAGUCCCUCACGGCUUUGGAUGGAACUGUGACAUUAAAACUGGUUGCAAAAAAGGCCUCUGUGAGCUCUGGAAAGGCUGCAGAAUCCUUGUCAGCUGCCAUUACAUCAAAAUGUGGGCUAAGUGACAAUGAACAGUCAGGAAACCCAGGAGAAGCCUCACCUGAAAAUAAGAAGAGAGUUCACCGGUGCCAAUUUAAUGGCUGCAGGAAGGUCUACACGAAGAGUUCUCAUUUAAAGGCCCACCAGAGGACGCAUACAGGUGAGAAGCCAUAUAAAUGCUCUUGGGAAGGGUGCGACUGGCGUUUUGCUCGGAGUGAUGAGCUUACGAGGCACUACAGAAAACACACAGGGGCAAAGCCAUUUAAAUGCAACCACUGUGACAGGUGCUUUUCCAGGUCUGACCACCUUGCUCUGCAUAUGAAGAGACAUAUUUAAGGACAUGUCAAAGCAGUAGUGGCUCUUAAGCCUAAGAGGACCAAGGAUUGCAGUGGAUUCCAGUGGUUAUGCCCAUGUUAUAGCAGGAGUUACAGAACAUUUCUUCAUGUAAAACGUUGUACACAAAAAUCCAUAUCAAAAGUUCAUGCACCGUCAUACACUCAAGUAUACAAGAUAAUGUUUGUUAUGCCUUACCCCCCAGCCUAAUUAAGAGACGCCGAGUUUUGGAGAGCUGAGUGCUUAAGAAACUGUUCCAUACUGUUCUUGUGUUACUCUGGAAGCCAAGACACUGAAAAUUCCUGCAAGCAAACAGUAAUAUAAAGGUAUCAAAAGAACCCACUUUUUUGAAGCUCAGAAGCUGCUAUGAAAUCACCUUCGAGUUGCAUUGUUGUAGCACUAAUAUUUUCUUUUAAAAAGUAAAUUAAGAGGAAAAAAGACUGGUUCCAAACUAGAAAACUCAU